AAAUCAGCUGCUUCUUAUUAUAUUUAGAAAAAAAAAUUGAAAUUUAGAUUUGAGAAAAAAUUGGGACAAAAAACUGCUUUAAAACCAUGAUUUUGUUAUUUAUGUUUCUUGUAACUUUGGACGUGAGACCUACGUUUGGGUCUUCGACGUCCUCUUUGGGAUUCAGUGUAACCUACACUAGUGUGAAAAUACUGGAAAGUUUCGUCAACGGGACGGAGAAAGCGAAGAGUAGUCGGCUCUGUGGUUUGUCGUGUCUGUCACGAUCGUUCUGUCGGUCUUUCAACUACCAAUUGAGAAGUCAUGAUUGUGAGUUCCUGGUGACUGAUUCAAGACUCCUUGACCAGGAGAAUCUACUAGGAGUUGCAACUUGGAGCCGAGGGCUGGAUUGGAUGCAUGGCGAGGGAUCUUCUUACAUCCGAGGCUGUUCUGUGUGGGAACCCCUGGCCGACGAGUGUCUGUGGAUUCGAAAGAUCCCCCCGGAAGCGGAGAACUCUCUCACCGUUCAGUGGCAGCUACCCACACUCUUUAACCACGAGUAUCCUGUCCUACAGCAACUCCGGGUUGCCUCUAUGGAGAGUGUUUGCCUGCAGACAAAUCUGCCCGACGAGCUCUAUGAACAAUAUUUGCCCAAUGAUGUGCGAAGUCAUAUGGUGGUGGGGUUGACCAGUGGCCGCCUGUACGAGGUCCGCAUAUCCACAUGGUUUAACGGGGAAUUGAGCCAGAUGAACACUUCAGUUCUGGUGUCCACUACUCCAGCGAUGCCAGGUGAAAAAAUGGAAAGGAUUCCGGACUUGCAUGACGUCGAAUUUUUCUGGCAGCUAUCGGGAUGCGCACAGAAAUUCAGACUGUGGUCUGAGCCAGCUGGAUCAAGCUGCAGUUCUGAAAACAAAUGCGAGGUGGUGCCGACCGAAGAAGACUCAUUCUGGUUCGAUGGCCUAACAGCCGGCGAAGACUACUUUUUCUACCUCCAAACCGAAUCGAAUGGCCUCUCCAGCGAUACUUACGAGGUGAACCAGCCCACGUAUCCUGCCAAUACAGGCGAUGCUUUUGAAGUCAGUACUGCUCGGCAAAAAGAUCAGAUUGUGUUCUCAGUUGCAUUUGAGCCGGGAACUGGGAGCAAGGUAGUGUUUUCAUACGUUGGUGAAACUUCAGGAGGAACUUACAGUGAGGAAAGGGAAUACAUGUCAACUUUUGAUGAUAUGGUGUUCACGAACCUGAUGCCAGGCGACAAGUACACUAUAAAUGUGCAACCAUACAGUAAGGGACAAGUCCCCCUGAUGAGAAAUUUCUCCACCGUGGCCUACACCAAACCCCUCGCGCCUCCCAUGGUGUCGGAGGCAGUGAUCAAUCGGCCGGAUUUCUCAGUAGACGUCGAGUGUUCUUUCUAUGAUGGAUACACUCAAGAGGUGAUAGUACAAGAACUUGAUGGGAAAUUUCCUGAAGUGAUUAUUCCAAUCACCAUGCAGCAGCAGAUGUUGCACAUUCCUGACGUUACCCCAGGUGAUGUGCACCAUAUCAAACUCAAACCCUACAGUCCUUACAGCAUACCAGGAAACUCCCGUUGGCUCAAUCUCUCAAUGUACACGGCCAAUUUCACUGCAGAAUUCACAGCAGACAUCACCCAGAUUGAUGUGAGCACGGUGACCUCUUCCGGCACAGGCCUCCACUUCAACAUCUCUGUCGUCGGGGAUGAAUUCGAAGUGACCGACUUUCCCGAGCGGACUUUCGAUUUCUCCCAGUUGAGCCGGACGACCAGCUUCAAGGAUCUGAUGCCAGGGGAAAACUACACGAUAACAAUCAGUUCCACUAGCAAAUCAGACCGGUACACUGAAGCACUGACCCAUUCGAGUAAAUUUGAAGAGGUAAUUCCCCCCAUCGCCCCCCAGCAUGUUCCUCAGAAUUGGAAUGAUCAGUGUGAGGAGGUGCAGACAAACCCAGGGUUCGCCCACAUCCCAAAUGUCACCUGGCAUGUGAAAUACUACUGUGAUGAGUUCUAUGUUUUUUUUUACCUGGUGCAAGUUGGCAAGUGGAUGCAGAUCAAGAUCAUAACAAAGAAUCCCGGUGACGGCACAGAACGUCUCGUAAAUACAUAUGACCUCACGGGCAUCAGCAACAUCCCUGAUGUAGAGUUAAUUUCAGAACAAAGUUACAAUCCACCAGAUUGGUUCGAACCCGGACAUAUGUACGACUACUACGUGCAAGCAAUCUCUUAUGGCGUAGAGACCCCUUUGAACGGUUUUUACAUAAAACUAACCCCAUUUCACGAUAUAUACUCACCCGAAGCACCCUAUUACCCUGCAAGUACCAGAACACUGGUCUGGCUCACACGGCUUUGGGAGUUUCCGGAAAACAUACAGCCUACCAUCAUCACCCAUACCUGGCCAGCGGAUGAUAUAUUUCCGACCGAUUCUGCAAUAUAUUGGUCCCCAGCUAAAGAAAACAGUCACCAGGUGUUCAAGUUGGAGGCAUCGUACCCUCAUAUCCAACCUGUGCUCGAGCUAGACACUUUCUAUUGGUUUGUUUUAAUCAUGGAACACCAGGACACUUACACAAACGAGUUCACGACCGGCUACGUGAUCUUGAACCCAGUUAUACUGCCCAAAGUGUGCGAUUCGGAUGACUUUCCAGACAUGGUUGUAGCAGGAGCUCCUGAGGAGUUGUUGUGGUCCUACAAAUCGUCACACACUAACAAGCUGCCUUUCGCGAACUCGAUUGAUUUAGAAUGGGCCCUGCCCACCUUCAUUACAAAGUGUGACCUUACUUUCGUGCAAUACGAAACAGGAGUCUCGAUGAAAACUGUCACUAUACUCUCCUCUGCUCGAGAUCUGGUUGAAACCAGCGACAUUUGGGACCCUGGAUACAUAUACUCGCACGGAUCCCGCAUUAAAUAUUGA